AUGCCUUCUGAUCUUGACACGAUAUUUGACGAUUCUGAUGAAGACUCGACAAUUGAUAGUUCUAAAUCUAAGAUAAAUGCAUUUGUAUCUGAAGGUUCAUGGUCUGGAAACAAGUUAUUAUUUAUUGUUUUAAUGGCCUUGUGUAUCAUUGGUAUAAUUCUUGCUCUUCUCUUUAUAAUUUUAGGGAAAAAAUUUAAGAAAAAUACACGAUCAAUAACAACUCGUUCAACUACAACAACAAAAGAAGUAGAACUCAGAGAUAUGUCACCAAACCCAACAUAUCAACCAGUGCCAAAUGCUUAA